AUCCCAAAAUAAUUUCCUUAAUUUCCCUUACUCUCCCAUAUUUUACUUUGAUCCAACUUUGCACAAUUUUGUUUCCCGUAACCCAUCCUCUGUUGUGCGUGUGUGUGUGUGUGUGUGCUUUUUACAUCAAUGAACAAAGGAACGGGAGUGGGAACUGGACCGACGGCGGCGGCUGCAGCGGCGGCGGCACAGAAGCAGAAAACUAUGAUGCAGCGAGUGGAAACCGACAUCGCCGUCAUCGUCGACAACUUCACCCAGCUUGUUAAUGUUGCCCGGGUAAAUGAUCCACCAGUUCGAAAUUCACAAGAAUCUUUCAUGAUGGAGAUGCGUGCAGCCAGAAUGGUCCAGGCAGCUGAUUCUUUGCUUAAGUUAGUGUCUGAGUUGAAGCAGACGGCAAUCUUUUCAGGAUUUGCAUCACUUAAUGAUCAUGUCGAGCAAAGAACUACUGAGUUUAACCAACAAGCAGAGAGAACAGAUCGAAUGUUGGCCAGGAUCGGAGAAGAGGCUGCAGCAAGCCUCAAGGAGCUUGAAUCUCAUUAUUAUUCUUCUGCACAGAGGACACCUGACACUGCAUAGCCAUAGAAGAAACAGCUUGCUAUAAUCAAUAGUUUCCCAGCAAGUUUAUAUUGUUGGUUCAUACAGAGAAUAUGAAGCAUUCAAAUGCCUUCUGUGUAAAAACUGAUGCUUUAGUUUCAUUAUCUGUUUCCAGCUUAAA